GGUGAGCCCCAAAGCCGGAGCCCUGAGUCAGCCUCCAGCUGACGACUGACUGCUGCCACCACCAGCCUGCGUCCCCUGCCCAGGCCUCUCACUGUGCCAUCUCUCAGCAGGGAAGCAGGAUGAAGGAGGGCAUGUCCACGUCCAACAACAGCACCACCAGCAUCUCCCAGGCCCGGCGAGCUGUGGAGCAGCUGAAGAUGGAGGCCUGCAUGGACCGGGUGAAGGUCUCCCAGGCAGCCGCUGACCUCCUGGCCUACUGCGAAGCGCAUGUGCGGGAAGACCCCCUCAUCAUCCCGGUGCCUGCGUCAGAGAACCCAUUCCGGGAGAAGAAGUUCUUCUGCACCAUCCUCUAACCCCAGUGGUGAAUGCCCCUCCUCCGUCCACAGAAGCUGUAGGGACCGUGCAUGCUGUUAGCCUUGGGGCGCCCCCGCCCCACCCCACCCCCAGGCAGACUCACCUCGGUUUUUCAUGUUUUCUUCCUGAUAUUCCAUUUCUUUUUAUUUGUAUUCUCUCAUUUUUAUGUCAUUUUCACUAGUGGCAAAGAGAAAUAGACAUUUUUAUAGCCAAAUGACAAAUGUGCCCUGUAAACGGUAAGAUGGAUUUAAGGGUUUACAGGUUUUAAACACCAAUUCCCAAGUUUAAAUACAUGUAGUUAAUGAAUUUACUCGAUAAUUCAUUGAAAUGAAAAAGCAUGCCCAAGUAGCCCCCACUUCGGUAACUUGGUUUUGGAUGAGAGCAUCUCGACCAACCGCGAGGUGCGGGGGUCCCCCGCCGGAGAGAGCAGCACUGGGGUCCCCCACUCCCGCUCCUCCAGGGAAUCAACAGCUUCCCUGACCUGCGCUGGGGGCCGCGCAGCCCACCCCGGUUGGACGGCCCUUGCCUCCCUCCGCUUCUCAUGGAUCGCUGCAAGGUGGUCCUCUUCCAAAUGGAACCCUGGGGUGGUAGCCACUGGCUGCCCUGACCCUAAGCAAGGACCAGGACAGCCCUCAGUCGGUACUCAGGCACCGCCACUGCCACCUCUCCUGCUCUCUACUACUCUGGCCCGGUCCCAUCCACAAGGGCCCUUGCUGGGAGCAGCACAGGUCCAGCCGGGCUUCAGCGGAGUGACAGCAGCUCCCAGGAGCCGCCCGCUGAUCUGGCCUUGGCGCCAGCUAAUUUAACCCUCCAACAAUGGAGACCACGAGUGAAGGUGUCUCUGGAGGGAGGGAAACUGAGGCAUGAGAGAUGACGCGGUUUGCCCACAGUUACGGACCGCAGUGGGGAAACCCUACUGCCCGUGCAGGAAUUCAAGCCCCCAACCUCCUGCGGCCCUGGCUGGGACGCCUUCCAGGCUUAACCUGUGGCAGGUGGGUGGGCCACAUCAGGAAGCUCACCCGGUGCUCAGCAGACUUUCCCACCUCCGCCCAGAGGAGCCUGCUGAGCCUGCAUGGGGGCAGCUUAUGGAAAAUGAGCCCUGCGGGGCCCCAGAGAAAGAGAGGUCAGCCUGCAUUAGCCUGGGAGCUUCUGAGACAAACUGCAGGCCCCACCUAAACCACUCAUGCAUCCCUGAUGUUGGGGAGGAGCAGCAUGGGAGCAGAGGCUCUUAGUCUAAAAUGGUCCUGUUCUGAGUAUUUGGAACCGGCCUCUCUACUGGGCUCUGCAGGGCCUCGCUGGGUGGCUGGAGCGAGCCACUGUGUGCCCAGCUGUUGUAUCUUGCAAAGAGGGCCCAAUGUCAUUACUCCUCCUGCCUUUCUGUCUGGAAGGAAAUCGAGGAGAGCUCUGAUUAUUGUUUAAAACAAAUACAUGCACCAAAUGCCAAGGUGCAGUGUAGGGAAGAAAGGGGGACUUGAAAGACCCCCCCAGCUCAGUGGGAUGAGGAAUAUAAAACUGCCUACAGAGAGGCAAAUAUGAUUUUCAGACCAGUUAAUGACGGGCUGCCAUCAAGAGUGGUGUGAGCACAGGGUCAUUCCUUGCUGCUUUUGUUGAACCAGUUCUUAGUUUCAGAAGGCUCACUGAUGGCACCAGAGCUGUCAGGAGGCCGUUGGCUCAGAUUGCAGAAUUGUACGCUGAAGGUGGUGAUGGAACUUCCAUCCUUCUGCAGUGGGGGCUGUGACCAGGAUCUCUUUAUUCUGUGGUCUGCAUCAGCAUCAUUAGCCUGAUAAAGCAAAACGCAACCCAUAAAAGCACAUCAAAAGAGCUGAGAAAGUGGGUCGGCACAUAGUGGCAAAAUCAGGUCAAGAGAAAAACGUGCUUUGAAUCUUCCACCGAACUUUCUCCCCUUUUGUUUUUGCUUCUAUCCCUCUGUGUUCCAUCUUCCUUUUCUCUCUCUGCCCUUUCCCAACUCGAUGCUUCCUUACAUUCCCCGGUGAGAUCCUUUCACCACACCCCCUCACUCCCAGACCUACAGCACUUUCUGUGGGUCACCCCUCCAGGUGUUCCUGAGCUCCGCUCACACUGGGGGCUGUGAGCUCCUCAUUCCCAUCAUCAGUGAAGACAAAUGACAUAACAGCUACCACUAUCAUGGACUGCAGCUGUAUUGGACAGUUGCCAUUUCAUACUUUCAGCUUCCUGUAGGGGGAAGUCACCCCUUACACAUGAAUUUAGUGGGAUGUGGAACCCACCCUCCUGCAAUGGAAGCUGGAGUGGGUGGGUGUUCCCCAUCUUUCAGGUGCCCCCUUUCCCACUCUGUACUAGCCAGGGGGUGGUCAGUGACCCAGGCAGACUACCUGGACCCCCCUGCUUUGUGUUGUGACUCUGGAGCAAAUGACACGGAAAUGAAAUGCUGAGAAUCAUCUCAUGGAAGCUGCAGUGGUCCUCGGAUGGUAAAAGGUCAGCAAAAGAAGCCAGACUGCAGGGGUGCAUGUCCACUGGUAGCAAUGUCCAGGGACGCAGGGUCCUGGGCCCCACUGAGAUGCCUUGUCCUUCUUAUAUCUCCUUCUAGCUUCCUGUUAAUUCUGUGAGCCUCCAACCUCCAUCCAGUAAAUUCUUUAUUCUUUCGUGAAAUAGCCCAAGUUGGAUGGAAAUACCAUGUUACCUAACAAUUCUGCUCUUAGGUAUAUUCCCAAUAGAAAUGUGUACGUAAAUUUAUUAAAAGAAACAAUAGAAUGUUCACAGAGCACUGUUCAUAAAAACCCCAAAUGGGAAAGCACCCGAAUGCCCAUGUUGAGUGGGUAAAAUAUUAGGGUCUCUUCACAUGCUGGAAUCCCACGCAGCCCGAGAAUGAAUGGUCUGCAGCUUCACCCCACAGCCUAGAGGUGAGGGAGGUAAGAUGAGUACAGAUUAUCAAUUCCAUUUUUAUGAAGCACAAAACCUGGCAAACCAAUCCAGGUUGCAAGGAGAGAUAGGAGGUUCUACUACUACAGAGUCACUACCGAGGAAAGAGUUACCAAGGGAACAGCCACCGCGGGGGCAGGAGGGAGCUUCCGGGGUGCUCUGAUUCUGGAUCCCAUGCCAUUCACCUGAAUGUGAUCCAUUUGUGAAAGUUCUUCCAUCUGUACACCUUGGAUUUGGGUGCUUUUCUAUAUGUAUGUUAUACUUCAAUAAAAAGUUGGGUU